AUGAAACGUAAAUUUAAUCAUAUACAAUCAGUGAAUAAAUUUAAUAUUAAUAAAAUAAAACAUAUAAAAUAUUGUCAAAAUUAUUGUACAUAUUGUAGUCCUGAACGAUAUACUAUAUUAAUACAUAAUGAACAUUUAAAUCAAAUUCAUUAUACAAUGUGUCCAUAUGAUGAAUUAUUAAUUAUGGCUAAAUCAAUUUGUACAAAUUUAAUGCAAGAUAAUAAUAAUAAUAAUAAUCAGAACGAUAAUAAUAAUAAUGGUAAUAAUAGUAUAACAAUUUUAGUCUUAUCGAUAACUUGCGGUAAACUUUCCAAUUUUACAAGAUACAACCCUCUUCUUAUCAAUCGAAACAUCAACACUAGUACCAACAACAACAAAAACAAUACUACUACUCCUACUAAUAUAAGUAGUACAAGUCAUACAAAAUCAUCAAAUCCCCUUAACACAACAAUCUCUAUAAAUAUUCAAACUAUUAGUAAGACGAUUCAACGAGCUAAACUGGAAAAAGUUGGUUAUAAACAAUCCAGAACUAAAUCUAAAUGGGGAAUUAUUAAUUUAUCCGCGUGUAAUAAUAUACAUUCCGAUAUUUUAAUUGAUCUAAAUACUUCAGUGAAUAGUAUGAACGAUGGAAAAAAGAAUAUUUGUUAUACUUAUGAUAACCAUUAUCAUUAUUAUUGUUGUUAUUAUUACUAUUAUUAUUAUUGUUAUCAUUAUCACUAUUAUUCAUACCAAAAAUCAUCUUUGUUUACAACGUUAUGGUCUGAGCAUAUCUUGAAUAGUGGAAGUAACGAUAUUCAGCUGGGUUCAAAAAUACCCAAUAUUAAUUGUGACGCUUAUUAUACUAAAAAAUUUAAUAUCACUCAAAACUCCAAUAAAAAGCACACUGGUAAUAUGGAGAAAAUAUUCAUAGAAAACGAAACAGAUAAUGAAGUAAUGCGAUAUAUGUCUAAGUUUGAUUGGAUCAAAAACUGUGCUCAAACAAGAUCCGAAAACCACAAACCAAAUAGAUUGAAAGAUCUACAGUUAUCAGUUAAUUUACGUCCGCCAGAACCUGUUGGUUGUCAACUACUCCAAAUGAAUUCAGCACCAGUUACGAAAGGAUUGUGA